AUGUUUCGAUACUUUCCAUCGAGCACUUUAAAACAUAGAAUUCAAACAAAAAUUCAACACAUUACGAUUAAUCAUCAACCAUUUUCUACCGAUAGGAAGACGACAACGAGCCACAGUAUACGUCAAUUUGUUAAAAACAUUGGAUAUCUACUUGGUGCAGGUGUCACUGUUUCGUUGGUCUAUGCCGCAUAUGAAUCGAUGAUACGAGUACCGAUCUGUCCGAAUUUUAAUCGAAAACAAGAUAUUAAUAUAACUAAUGUUCUAUCAUGCACUGCCCUAGUGCAAAAUACGACUAAACAAUGUAAAGGACAAAUUUCUAUGAAGAAAAUCGGUGCAAUUACCGGCGUCAAUUAUAAACUUGUUCAAGCAAAAUCAGAAAAUUCAAACGUCUCAUCUCGCGUUCUUGUAAACGAUGAAGAAAUUUCUCAAAAGAAUUUGUUUGACGUCGACUAUAUGCCUGAAUACUUAGAAACAUUAGCUGAUUUACUUAUGAAAUUAGAUGAAUCUCAUCUCAUUAAACUCUUGUCGAACACAAUUGGUUAUUAUGUAUUUCUAUGUCCAGAAUGCCAUUCAUCGUUGACACAGCAAAUGAUAUCAUGCACAUAUUAUCUUCACAACGCUGGUUUAAAACAAAAUGCCGUUAAUACGUCAGAUAUUGAGAAUGUGAAGUCAUCCUUGACUGGCGACGACAUCGAUCAGAAAAAGAACACAAAUUAA